AUGAGUUCUAGCCACCCCGAACCAGGUGCCCGGGAAUCCCAAAGUCCUCGUCCACAGCCCCUGUCCCAGAGUUCUUCUAGCUUGCUGUGUGAAGGCCGGGAGCAGAGACCAGAGCUGCGUAAGAGUGCCAGCAGCACUGUAUGGCAGGCACAGCCGGGUGAGGCCAGCCCUAGUCCCCGGACUCUGGAGGAAGAGGGGUGCCAGACUGAGAGCAUGGACCAAGCACAGACCUCGAGUCCUUGGCCACAGCCUGGUGCUGGAGGCCACUGGAGAAGCAGCACUGUUGGCAAUGUGUCUACCAUGGGCAUCGGUGACCUGUGUCGCCUACGGGCCCCCAGUGUAGCAGCUGUGCAGAGGAGCCACUCAGACUUGGUUCAUAGUACCCAAACCCGGGGGCAUGGCAGUGCUCAAAAGGCCAGCCUUAGCUGUUCUGCCCUUGGCAGCUCACCUGUCCAGACGGCUCAGCUGCAGCUUGGAAGUGUUGCUGGGCAAGAUGGCCAGACCCCUGGAGUCCUGCAAAGUGACCUGGCUCCAGAGGAUGGGACUUCUACAUCAGCCUGCAUUCUGGGGGAGAGUCAGGUGUUGGUGCCAACUGUAGAACUGGAAGGUACAGCUGGUCUCAUCAGCAGUCCCCAGGGUGGACCCAAAGCUACUGGACAGCCACCUACCACUUCCUGCCAGGUUCUGCCCCCAGCAGCUCUGCUCUGCACUGUGAGGGAGACUGCAUCUGGUGGCUGCUACCAUGCUCUGCCUGCAACAGGCAUCCUGGCCUUUCCCAAAUUGGUGGCAUCAGUGAGUGAGUCUGGGUUGCAGGCUCAGUGUGGCAUGAAAUUUCACUGUAAAUUGCCUGGGGGGAUUUCUGGGCACCCUCACUGCUGUGUCCACCCUUGGGGGCCUACAGGGCUGGCCACAGAGUCUGGCUCCAGGACCAAAGAUGUGUGGACCAUGACCUCAGCCACUGACUUGGCCUUGGGUGUGGCAUCAGCUCAGGAUGCUGGGGUUCAGGUAGCUCCAGUGGCAGCCUGCAAGGCUGUGGCUACCAGCCCAUCCCUGGAAGAACCUGAGACUCAGAACAUUUUCCCAGAGGUAAUGCUGGGGGCCGGCCUGGAAAAGGCAUCAUCACCCGUGAGAGAAGUGCGAUGGGAUGCUGAGGGCAUGACAUGGGAGGUAUAUGGAGCCUCAGUGGACCCCGAGGUGCUCGGCAUUGCCAUCCAGAAGCACUUGGAGAUGCAGUUUGAGCAGCUGCAACAGGCACCAGCCAGUGAGGACAGCCUAUCUACAGAGGGCCGCCGGGGCCCUCUGCGGGCUGUCAUGCAGUCGCUGAGGCGCCCCAGCUGCUGUGGCUGCUCUGGAGCGGCUCCAGAAUGA